AUGGCCGCGUAUCUAGCUUACUUGCAGCCGUUCCGGGAGUAUCUGGUCGUCGAGGUGUUGGGGGGCGGGUUGAGCGACUACGUCUGGAGCGACAAGCACGGGGCUUGGAACACAGAUCGACUAACGAGAGUUAUUAAGCGCGAGACGGGUAAGCGACUAGGCGUAUCGCUGCACACGCUAGGAUACCGUCAUACAGCUGUAGGGAUCGGAAGAGUUAAGGUGGGGGAGUCGUUUAGCAAGGGAUAUCAAGACGAGAUUGGAGAGUUGGACGAAUCUGAAGUAGACGAGGAGCAAGAGGAUAUCAUCGAGCUGCAGAACUCGCGGACGACAGCAAUGGGUGUAGGCAACUACAGCGUACCGAUCGAUAUCGUUAAGCAUCUCAGC